UCAGUCGACUUCCGCCACGAAACGCGCUCGGACGUGCCUUACCGCUAGAAAAAGAAGUUGGGAAAGAGGAAGCCAGCGAAUGGCUGGAAUACUUGUACGGUUUUGACGGUUUUGUUUUUGUUUAUUUUUGUUUUCGCUUUGUGUCCCUUCGCUCGGUGGUGUCUUUUGCUCUUUGUGUGUCCGCAGUGGCGCGUAACGAACAGUGCCAGCCCCGAGCAGUGCGGCAGCACUUGUCCUGUUCCCAGGAUGCGCUUCACUGCCCUGCCGCACCUGUUCGCGAUAAUACUAACGAAUAUUUACUACCAAGGGUGCGUGCGCGUGUGAAUUGUGUGUUGUGUGUUGUGUAGCCUGCAAAAGGUUGAACACGGAAAAUAAAUUUAAAUUUAUGCAAAGUUACAUGAAGGAAAUGGUUAAUAUUUAAAAACUGAGCUCAACUGGUGGAGAUACAACCUGUUGUGGGAACUGCCAAUAAGGGGAAUUCCCAUCUCCUGGCUCUCUCCGAAGUCUCCAAUCUGAUCCAAUGGCCUACUAUGUGAUCGAGCGGCAACGGUAAGCAUGCUGAUUGUGGACAUGCUGACGCUGGCACUAGCGACUGGCUUGGAGCGGGAGCGGGACAGGGAGCGUGAACGGGAACGGGAGCGGGAGCGGGAGGUGGACGGCAUUGCCUCAAUUUGCUGCAAAAUGACAGUUAAUGUGGCCAACAAAGCGUCCAGCCAGCAGCACAAUGAAAACGCAAAUUGUAACAGCAGCAACAAUAACAGAAGUGGCGGGGAAACAGGAGAAGUCGUGCCCAACACGGCUAAUGGUGGACUAGGCCCGAACGAUGGUCAUUCGGUAUGCACGGCACGCAGUUCACGAGACAAUGCUGCUGGCAACGAACCAUGCGAGGCGCGUCAGAGGCCAUGGAUACAGCUGAGCGGCCAGUUGGUGGAGCAGGGGCUGGAGCAGGGGCUGGAACCGUGGCUGGGGCCGGAGCUGGGGCUGGGGGCGUGCCAGGCAGCGACAGUGAGAGCGGAUGACGUACCGAGUGACAUAUUGACGCACGCGCGUGCGCGUGCUGUAUACAUUGGCGACAACAACAACAGCAACAACAACAACAGCAACAACAACAACAAUAGCUUAUGCAGCAGCAACAAAACAGCAACGGAAGUGGCUACGAAAUGUGAGUACGCGCAAGUCGAGCGUGAGAGCCAGAGCCAGAGCCAGAGCGUGAGCGUGAGCGUGAGCGCAGACGCUGGCCAACAACCACCCAGUGACAGUAACGGAAAGAGUGGCAACGGGUGCAGCGCCUGCUCAAUACCUACAAUUGGCAGUGAGCUUUCCAAAGCCAACCUUGUAGUAGCAGCACCAGCGGCAGUCGUCGCAGCUGAGCAGCAGAAGCAGCACCAGGAGCAGGACCAGCACCACGACCAGGACCAGGGCCAGCACCAACACCAACACCAACACCACCAGCAUUUUUCCACAUCCUCAAAAUUGUGCAAACUGUCCAAUUCUGGUGAAAAUUGUGAGCAAAUCUGGCGACAGACGGAAACGGAAGAGCACCAGCAGCGGUCCACAGGAGGAAAAAACUCUGCUCACGACGCGGACUCUGACUCCGACUCCGUCUGCGACUCCGUCUCCGACUCCAACUCCAACUCCGACCGCGACUCCAACUCCAAAUGCGACGACGACGCGCGGCGUACAGAAAAAUUUGUGGAAAAAGUCGGGCAAAACGCAUUGUCUGCCUGCGUGGUAGGUGAUUUUUUUUAUAAUUGUGAAAAUGUGCAAAGCAGCACAAAAGAAGCUGCAGAAGCAGUAACAGUAACAGCCGCAGCCGUAGCCGUAAGCUGCCACAGCCACGCCAAGUCGAACGGGCAGCAGAAGAAGCAGCAAGAGGAGUGGCAGGCGCCAUUGUCAUUGCCAUAUACCCCGACAGACCCCCCCAGUUCAUCCUUGGCUGGCAGUGUUGAUAAUGUUGCUGGUGUUGCUGUUCCCCGCCCACCACAAAGUGUCCCCGUUGUUGUUGCUUGUGGUUACGUGGAUUACGUGAAAACCGUCGCAAACAACAAGGCCGCCCCAGGGCAGCCAUCGGAGCCCCCCGCAGCAGAGGUAGCUGUACGGACUGGCAGCAGGAGCAAGCGCCGAGAGGAGGAGACCCAAGCAUCGCUGGGAUUGGAUCUGGGAUCAGCCACACUUGCAGCAUUUGCAGCAUUCGAGAAAAACGAGAAGCUCGUCGACUGUGAAUCGUUGGAGCCCCCUGUAUCUGCUAAAGAUUUGGGAAAUAGCCCGAAGGAGAGCUGCAUCAGAGCCAAGGCAACGGCAACAGCAACAGCAACAGCAACAGCAACAAGCUGCAAUGAGCAGGAUCUCAUUGAUUUUGAGAACGAUUUGGGUGAUGAUUUUGUAGCCAGUCAGCGGCUGAAACGCUUGCAAUACAAUUUUCAGGGACGCGUGAGCAGCAACAGCAACAGCAACAUUGAUUGUGUAAAGGCAUCCUUGAGACUCGAACAACAAUUACAGCAACAGCAGAAAACAACAGGCAUAACAAAGAAACUACCCCCAGAGCGAGGAGUAGACCCCAACCCCAGCCCCAGCCCCAGCCCCAGCCGCAGUCCGACUGCCACGACAGCCACGACAGCGACGACAGCGACGACCCCCCAAAGCCAACCCGCUCAACACAAUAAAAUAGUUAAGGAAACUGCCGCCGAAACUAAGGAAGGUGCAGCCGUCGCAAGCUCAAGUGCAAUUCAAUUAAAGGUAAAUUGUAUUCGAGUCGAGCAAUCGCCAAGUGAGAGCGAGCAAACUCCAGCGACCAGAGCGACCAGAGCGACCAGAGUUGGGCAAACAGCUGAACAGCAGCAGCAACAUUCGCUGAAUACGCGUCCCGAGUCGCCACUGCGCCGGCGCGGAGAGAGCCAGAGUGCGGGCCAGAUUGGGGCGCUCACAUUGGCAGCUGCCAGCGACCAAGUGGUGAUUGAAAUCGGCACGGACACGGACACGGACAGCGACGAGCAAGUGGAGACGGGGACGGACAUACCCAUCCGGAGCGCAUUUGUGCCGACCCAGGCCUGUGACGGCGGACGCUUUGGCAUUAGCCAGGAGGAGACCCCCGCCGCCGGCGUCAAUUUUGCGACACCGCUCAGCGAGUUCGAUGUGCAGCGGUUCAGCGAGUACCUAACGGCAGCCCGCCAACUGCAGUGGGUCGACAUUGCCCUGAACCAGAAUCAGAGCCAGAAUCAGAACCAGAUUCCGAAUCUGAGCAACACCCCCAACCAGCAUCGGAGGCUGAAAUCACACGGCCCAAGUCAGGUUGAUAAGAAGGCUGGAAGCUUUCAGUGCUACGACGAACUGCUGGCAGAAUUCGUGAGCGAGCAACAGGAAUACCACAUCGACAUCGAUAGCAAAAGCGAUAGCUAUAGCGAUAGCAAUAGCGAUAACGAUAACGACAACGACAAACAGAGCACAUGCCAGUGCCAUGAGUGUUUAGCCAGCUUCGAGGAUAGCCAGCAGAACACGGCCAAUUGCAACAGUUCCAAAAUAACAGCCAGGAACCCAACCACCCCGUCCGUCUUUGCUUCGGAAGCGGCAACCGGAGACGGCCUGAAUAUGCGCGAGGUCAACGGUCAACUGCGCGGCCUCUUGAAGAAACCCAAUCGACCCCCGCCGGCCCGCAAGAACCGUGUGGUGUUCGAUGAGACGCGCAACGAGUUCUUUGAGGCGGACUACAUUAUCCUGAUCCGCGAGGACUGUGCCUACGAUGAGGAGGACGAGGAGCCCUGCACCUGCGGCGAACACGAGCUAGUGCGGCUCUGCUGCGAGGAGGGAUGCCAGUGCAACUACGCGGUCAAUGCCGCAGAAGCCGGCGAUGGACGAACGCCACAGAGUCCCAAAUAUCAGCCACCAAUUGAGUUUGUGGACGACGCUGCCCUGAGCCCGCCCGACGGCUACAAGGACAGCAGUCUGAAGAACACGCUCGGCGGCGCGCUGAGUGGCCACAUCUUCGGGGCCCAGCACCUGCAACAGCUGCAGGUGAUCCAGCGCCUCCAGCAGCAGCGCGCCGCGAUGCUGGCCGCCCGCAACAGCACCAGUCAGAUACCGCCGCCACCGCCUCCUGUGGGCAGUGCCCAGCAGCAGCAGCAGCAACAGCAGCCGCAGCAGCAACCGCAACAGCAGCAGCAGCCACAGCAGCAGAAACCGCAGUCGGAGGAGGACCUGCAGGGCGUCUGCACCGAGUGUGCCGAGUGCGCAGAGUGCGCCGCCAAACAGCUACAGGAAGCAGAAUGCAGCUCGCCGCAGUGCCCAGAGGAGAUGACACCACUCGGAGUGCCGGCGGUGGCCCUCCUGCCUCUGCACACCAGUUCACCGGAGCGUCGCAUUACCCAGAAGGAGAUCAUCGCCGGCGAGGAGCGGCCCAAGUACGUGCUGCAGUCCCAGUACAAGGCAUCGCCCACUGCAGUCAAAGCUAAGAAGGAUUCGGGCGUGGCCAAGGCCAGCUCUGCCACUGCCACUGGCCCCGGCCAUGGCCCAGCACCGGUGCCGCCGGGAGUCAGUGGCUCGACCAAGAAUAAACGAUUUUUUGUUGAAACUAUUACCACUAUGACCACAGUGACCGAGCGGCGCAUCAUCCGGGAGGCACACGAGGAUGUGGCCAGUGUGGCUUCCUCUCCCGUUCCCGCUGCCCUUGCCCCAGGCGCGGACAUGCAGCCACCCGCUCUGCCAGCCAAGACGAAUGCCACAGUGGCAGCCGCCGCCGCCGCCGCUGCCGCCACCGCUGCCGCCGCAGCUACCACACCAGAGAAGCAGCCAUUCGAUGAGCAGAUGCCACCGCCCAUACCGCCAAAGGAGACGUCGCCCACCCAGAUAAGCGGCAUACUGAAGGGCGGCAAGCUCUGGAAGCAGGACUCCAUCUCCCAGCAGUCGGAUGACCAGAACAACACCUCGGAGGAGGAGAGCGGCACCAUUAAGCGCUCGGUGCGCUUCGUGACGGAGGACCAGGCGAAUGCCGGCGGCGACAGCGACGCCCAGUCGCUGGCCGGGGAGCUGGACGACAGCGAAAACCAGAUCAACGAGCUCAUCCCCAUCAAGAAGCACUCGACCCUUUUCAACAACGCCCUGCGCCCCAACUCGGCGGUGCGCCAGCUCUUCCCCAGCGUCUCCGCCCACCAGGCCCCCGUCCUCACCUCGGAAGCCCUGCGAGCCUUCGACGAGUCGAAGCGGGCCGGCUGCCUCGUGACCCACUUGCCCGGGAGCUGCGGCGACUCGGACACCCUGCGCCGCAGCAUGGAGCGCAACAUCCUUCGCCGCUCAUUGAUCAAAAAAAAGGCCGUCAAGUCGGACAUAUCGCUGGAGGACCGCAUCAAGCAGCUGACCUGCGACAUCGACGAGGACCUGGCCGAGGAGCUGUCCCGGGACGUCGACGAGGACCCCGACCCCAGCGAACGGGGCUCCGACGAGCUGGCCCAGCGCGACAGUCCCGCCGGCGAGGAGAACCCCAAUCCUGCGCCCAGCUCCGCCGCUGGCCAGAAGUUCAUGAACGGCGAGAAGAGCUUCUCGCCCAGCAGCUCGGUUUCCAGCUCCUCGAGCGGGUCGUCGGCCUACAAGAAGAUCGCGGACAUAUUCAAUCGCGACAAGAAGCAAGAGAAGAUCAUGGAGCUGGAGGAGAACCCCAUUGUCAUCAUACCACAGGAGUGCCGCUGUCCGGCUGCACCCGACUUGGGCAUGGGCAUCCAAGUGCCCGUGGUCCAUACCCAGAUCCACCGUACCCCACCCCGCCAGACCGAGCCGAAGCGCCAGUUCCUCUCCUCCACCCUAGCUCCGCUCACCGCCUGCGUGGCUGGCAACAAGGACGACCUCUCCUCGUACUACACCCUUGCCGCCGGCGCCCACGCCCACGGCCACAGCCACGCACAUGCCGCCCACUACGCAGUCGCAGCAGCCGAAUUCAACAUGGGCCAGCUCCUGGGCGCGGCCACAGCUGCAGCCGUCUCCGGGGACCCGGUGGGGCAGCACGCCGCGGCCAUGGCCGCUCAAAGCCUGGGCAGCAUGGCUGCCGGGGCGGGAUUAGGUGGGGCUGUGGCCAGCGCCGUUUCGGAGGAGGUGCGCAAGGUGGCGCCGGAUGUCAUUGCCGGCACACCCGGACAGGAGGCCGCCAGUCGCCCCGAACAGGACGAACUGGCCGUCUUCGCCCAAGCGGAGGCCAAGCGAACCGAACAGCUCAAGAAGCGGUACACGGGAGGGGCGGACCAGUCGCAGGCCAGCAGCGACGAUGAUGAGCAGAACGACUACGGCUUCAACAAGCGGCCCUCGGUGCGCGGCAUCAAGCCGAAGUUCAGCUCCACCAACGAGAUCCUGGCCCAGAUGCAGGAGCAGCUCAGCGCCUCCAUCCCCACAGUGGUCAACAGCCAGCCGGUGCCGCAGGCGGUAAAGGGCUACGCUAUGCCCAACACUGCCAAGCAGAAUCCCUCGGCACAGCAACAGCAGCAUCAACAGCAGCAACAGCAGCAGCAGCAGCAUCAACAGCAGCAACAGCAGCAGCAGCAGCAACAGCAACAGCAGCAGCAGCAACAGGCACAGCAGCAGCAUCAGCAUCAGCAGCUGCAACAGCAGAUGGCGGCGGCGAUGCAGGCGAACACGAUUGCCCAGCAGAAGACGGAACAGCGCACGUGGAGCUUCUACAGCGAGACCGGCGAGCAGCAGCGCUUCCCCAUCGACGCGGCCGCCAUUCACCAGACCUACUACCAGACCCUGCCCGCCGGCACCAUGUUCCGCCAGACGAUGAUCCAGCAGGGGGCGGCCGGCGACGAUGCCUCGCUUCUGUAUGCCGCGGCAGCCGCCCAGAAUUGCCAGAGCGUCACGGCCACUGCCACGGCGACGGCCACGGCCAUCGAGCAGAGCAAGCACAGUAGCUACAGCAGCCACUUCGCACGCAGCCCCACUCGGCGGCCGGAGUCGCCGCCGCCGCUAAGGAACUACCACCAAACCAUGGUGCUGAUACCGUACAAUGCCGAGACGUACUCCCAGUUUGCCACCAGCAGCAGCGUGGACCCCAAGCUAGCCCACAUUCAGCGCCAGAAUAUCCUGGAGUACCAGCAGGUCACUCAGCAAACGAUACGGGUGCCCAUCGGGUAUGCCCUGCCAGGCAUGCAGCUGCAUGUGGUCAGUGGUCGCGGCCACGCCGCCCACUACGGCCAGCAUCAGCAGCAGCAGCACCAUCAGCAUCAGCAACAGCAGCAGCAGCAGCAACAGCAGCAACACCAGCAGCAACAACAGCAGCAGCAACAGCAGCAGCAGCAGCGACUGAUGCCGCAACAUUAUCAGUUCGGGACGGAGGGAGGCAUUCCGGGCUUCAGCGAGCGUGGAGUACCGGAGGGAGCAGCCACUGUCUCGCACAGCGACUGCAAUUCCAUGGUCUCCCCAACAGCAGCAUCGGCGGCACAGCAGCAACAACAACAGCAACAGCAGCAACAACAGCAGCAGCAGCAACACCAGCAACAGCAACAACAGCAGGCUGGAAUCGGAGUUGGGGCUCAGGCCCAGCCACAUGCCCAGGGAUCAGUGUACUACGCGAUGAACGUAUGACCCGCGCUUGAAUAGUCGCUGCCAGCGGCGGUCAUCGUCGAGCGCCGCCAGUGUCAACGCGUCGAGCUGUCAGCGACUUCAGUGCAUUUGGGUCGCGGCGGAGUGAACGGCGGCGGCGGCGGCGGCAGAUGAGCGCCCGUCCGCCCCCCGCCCCCCACCGCCAGCGAGUCCCAGUGAAUCCCAUCCGCCUGAUUUGAGUUGCCCUUGAGUUGAUCCUAGCGAGCGUCUUAGUCAUUUAUUCCUCUGUUGUUCAUCCUAAAUCGUGCUCUGUAACCCGUUUCUACCGUUUCUGAAUGCAUGCAUGCGUGACAGUGUCUGUGUUUGUGUCUGUGUGUGAGCGUGUGUGCGUGUGUGCGCGUGUGUGAGUCCAUGUCCUUGCCCCUUAGCCCGUGAGCAACGUACAUACAUACAGGCUACUGCUUGGUUUGCAUAGGACGAUAGGCCGUGUAAGAUACUGAUGAUUCGUUGCCAAGACUAAGAAAAACUAACGAUAACCUGUUUUAUGAAUACUCGUAUUGUAAUCAGAUAUAUAUUAUAUACGCAUAUGUAUGUAUUGUGGACAAUGGAAAUUAUUUCACUCAAUGUUACACUAUAUUCCAAAAAUGAACUUUUAGUUUUUGUUCUAGUUUCUAGAGAUAUUCUAGACACAUACUAUAUUUACUUACUGCUGUAGAUGAGAAAAGGCGGCGAAAAUGUAAACCAAAAUACAACCAAAUGACAUGAAUUUAUUUCAAGCAUGUACGUGCUGGGUGCUAGCAAUGCAACAACAACCACAAGAACAACAAAAACAAAGACAAAGAAACAUGAUUUAUUAUUAACGAUAAGAUAUUCAAGUUACAUUUAGCAAAAGUAAAACUUAAAGGAAUUACACACAUAUAUAUACAUAUAUAUUUUUUUUUUGAACUCCCAUCUUUGUUUAUUUUCUGUUAGCCAAGAAAACACAGUUUUGCUCAAGGGAAAAUGAAUUUGGUUGAAUGCCAGUCGAACCAUAAUUAAUUUUAUGUACAUAUGUAGUAUAUAUGUAUGUACAGACGUACAUAUGUACAUCUGAACAUUAACUAGGUUAUAUUACAUGAUAUUCAAUGUAGUGCAAUAUUUUGAUAAAAAAUCAUACUCUCAUAGAUAUUUGUAUUCCCAUGCAUCAUUAUUAUUCAUACGAUAUUUUAGAUCUCUCUUUUUUUUUUAUUAUGAUAUUAAAAUAAAAUUAAAUGUGCCCUAUACAUAUACAUAUGUAUGCAUAUAUACAGUGUAUAUACGUGUAUAUACAGUAGGCAUAUGUACUCAUUGAUUUGCUUCAAUUUGUUUGCGUUUAAUUUGUAUAUCCAUCGAAACCAUUACCAUUACCAUUACCAUCCCCAUCAGAACCCCUCGUCACACCAUUCCCACCCAUCGCCUCUCUUUCGCUGAGACUAACAGUGCCAAACUAACUUGCCAGCAUUCCAGAUUGGGCCCAGAAGCCUUCAUCCUCAUAGAUAUACAUAUACAUAUACAUACUUGAUAGCCACGUGCGCAUUAUUCAUAAGCAAAAGUUAGAAGCCACUCGGAAAAAAGAGCAAACUGUAUACAUACAUACAUACGUACAUAUAGAUACACGUACUUAUCCAUGUGUAUACAAAUACAAAUACAAAUAUUGAAGAUAUUAUAUUUCGAUUCAGAUUCAGAUUCAGAUAUUGUGUUAGCGUCUGUAUACAUAUAGUAUAUUGGACAGAACAUACUGAAAUUAUUGAAAGCAAACACGAAAUUCGAGUGGAGUGCAAUAAAUUGAUGGGAGUUAGAGCUACCGACUAGUUAUGUACUUAGCCGGAAACGGACUGUAACUGUAACUGUAAUGUAAUCCGAACAAAGACAACGCCAAGAAGUGAGAGCGCUAGAACGAGAUAGAUAGAUUGUGGGCCAACAGGAUUGGGGCUAAGAACGCGGACGAAUAUGAGGGGCGCAUAACGAACAAAUGUAGUCUUAUAGUAUAUGUACGUACGUACAUGUAAGUAUAUACACACACAUAAACAAUAAGGGACGAUUAGUAUCUAACGUUAACUAAAGUGCAGUUUGGGCAGUUCGAUUUUUGUUACUUGUUUAUCCCCGUGGAGAUUCCAACACUACAAUUGACUAGAAAGAGCAGCGCGAUUUGCACAGACAUAUGUACAUAUGUACAUGUUUUAAUAUGCUAUCAAUAGAUAUAUUCGUGCAUACAUACGUAAAUCAAUAUGCAAGUAUAUGCACACGGACAAGCAUGGAUAUGGAUAUGGAUAUGGAUAUGAAUAUUUACUAGAUGUUUAUGAAAUACCCAACUGGCAUAAAAUGAAUUCUAUCCCCAAUCCAAUCGAAUCCAAAUCGCAUGAAUUAUUAGAUCCAUACCCCCUUGUGUUGCAAUGUACGGCAAAUACCCGAGUCUACCUUCAAUUUUUUUUUUACAAAAAUGCAGUGGAAAUACAUGCAUAUAUAAACGAAAAGAAAACCCCCGAUAUACACACGAUUUCGAGUACUACGAGAUACAUAUUACACACACACUGGCCUUUCAUUGAUUGAUUCAUAGAUCGACAGAGCUACGAAAAUUAUUUUCAGCAUGCAAAAGUAACAAAGGUCUAAGAGGAAAAAUUGUUCUAGUUAAGGUAUAAGGGGUAUAUAAAAAAUGUAUAAUGAAUAUAUGUAUGUUACAUGUGCAUGGAAAUGAGGAAAACGCGCGGGAAACGAGAACUAAGUUGAUUUGAACGAUCUAUCGCAAGUGAAAAUCGAUGCGAGUGGUACGAGUACGAGUAUAUAACAAAUUUCAACAAAUAAAUGACUGAGUCAAUGACUCUAAAUAAAUUUUAAACGCAAACGAAAACCCUAAAUAUAUGAAAAUACAGAAAUGGUAAA